CAUGAAGUAUGCACACAGAGUUGUGUCUUCAUAAUUUUGGCUGUUGUUUCUCCUCUAUUUUAUUCACCCCAUCUCAUAUUCUGUCUUGUAAAGAGCUAGUUUUGUGUGGAAAGAACCAAGAUGUCAAGUACACAUGGUAACAAAAAAUUUGGUGCUUCAAGACAUGGCCAAGGUUCCAAUGUUAAUCAAAGCCGACAUGGAGGCCGAAAUGUGGCCCAUUCAGUGGUCAGCCAGAGUCGCAUGGGAGGAAAAAGUGUAGGGUACAUGAGUUCAAGGAGUGGCAUCAUGUCCUCAGCGAGUAAGAAGAACCUUCCAUCUACAGGGACUGGUGACAAACCAAGUGGAAAAGCCCCAGUUCAGGUUUUGGAUGAAGCAGGACAGGAUGUUACACCUCAGGCUCUCAUACAGAUUGAUCCAAACGCUGUCAGAAAGGGACAGAGUAACAUUCUCGCUGACAGCUCUGGUGGAACGCCGACCGAUUUGAUGUCGUCAGCAUCUAUCUACCAGACGGGAACAGUCAGCACCUAUGGAGGAGGGCCUUUCACGAGGUCCGUGUUUAGCACAUCUCAGUCUGAGAGGUCAAGUGACUCCAUCGGGGAUGAUAUGGGAGAAGGAGGGGCUGACCUCACUGCUGACUGGGCCGAAAUCCGCCAUCGCCGUGAAGAAGUGAAGGAAGUUUUGACAGACUCUGACCUUGAGAAGACGAUCAGCAUAGAUCUCACGGAGACAGAGAUGAUUUGGUUACUCGACAUGCCUGGAAUUUGUGUAUCACUUGAAAGUGAUGAAGCGACUGCCAUAAAGGAAAAGAAUGAGAAGUAUAAGGCUCUGGUGAAGAGCCGUAUUGGGAAUGACCUGUAUGCAGAGAGAGGGAUGAACACAUUCAAUGAUGCGCCCAAAGUCAAACAUGUGCAAACAACAAAGAUCAAUUACAAUGAUGUAGGUUCGACGGCGACACUGUGGGAUAUGUUUGAUACUUAUGAGGCCAUCAGGGAAGCAGAGAGAAAAGCCAAAGAAGCCCUUGAGGAAGCAGAAGAAGCGGCAGCACUUGAUGCAGAGAAGACUGAUGAGGCCAAGGCAGAUGGUGAUGCUGAAAAGACAGAUGCUGCCAAGCCGAAUGCCAGAGGUUUAGAGAGUCGAGGUACCAUGAUGUCGGACACAGACAGCGUUUUUGCGAGUAAGGAAUCGGGAGUAGCGUCAGUUCCUGACGCACAGACCAGGAACGACGACCUGAUACUAAAGUCAGACGCCCUACUUCGGGAUCUCUUCAUAAUGGAGAGGGUCGUCAAUCUCAACACGUACCAACCUAAACAGGCAUCGUACAGGGGAUUUGAAAUCAUUGAAGAUAUUGACAAGGUGAAAGAUGAAGAAACGAAACCCGGACAGAUUGUUGUGACAGAUAUGGGACCCAACUUGGAUCGUCUCUGGUCCUAUCAAUGCCCUCUUACCAAAGGCAGAAAUAUCAGCUGUAUGUCGUGGAACAAAGUCAACCCGGACCUCAUUGCUGUUGGAUAUGGACAGUUCGAAUUCACAGGACAAAAAUCUGGCAUUGUAUGUUGUUGGUCUCUCAAAAAUCCUGAGUUUCCUGAACGCAUAUACAACACUACUGCUGGUAUUACUUCGAUGGACUUCUCAGCCACGAAUCCAAAUCUACUUGCAGUUGGCCUAUAUGAUGGGACAGUGGCUAUCUACAGCGUGAGGAGUACCAAAGAUGAAGCAGUGCUUGACAGCUUUCAUGAUCUAAUGGUAGAACAUAGUUCACCUAUGGGAAGUGAGUCACAAGGCAAACACACCGGCCCAGUCUGGCAGCUAAAGUGGAUAGAAAAAGAGCGAGGGUCAGGUGAAGAAAGGGCUGAAGUAUUAGUGUCUGUAUCAACAGAUGGAAGGGUGACACAGUGGAGUAUUAGGAAGGGAUUCGAAUGCAAUGAUUUAAUGCGACUGAAGAGAACUGCCGCCAAGCAGAAUCCCCGAGGGAAGGAGAAGAAAAGCGAUGCUCUCAUCUCACGAUAUGCUGGCGGAUUCUGUUUCGAUUUCAACGCAAAGGAUAACAACAUAUACUUGGCUGGCACAGAAGAAGGACAUAUUCACAAGUGUUCAUGCUCCUACAAUGAACAGUUCUUAGACAGUUACUUCGGACACACGGGCCCAGUUUACAAGAUCCAGUGGUCACCGUUCGUACCUGAUAUAUUCCUGAGCUGCAGCGCUGAUUGGUCGAUCAAACUUUGGCGGCAGGACCGAAAUAAACCAAUUAUCAGCUUCCAUUCUUCCACGAAAUCCGUGAACGAUAUAUGCUGGUCGCCAAAAUCAUCGACAGUGUUUGCAUGCGUGAAUGAAGGCUCCGUAGAAGUUUGGGACUUGUUCCAAAACACGCUUGACCCUAUCAUCAUCCUCGCACCAUUAACACCCAAUGAAAAACUAUCUACAGUGACAUUUGCAAAGAAUUCAGAUUGUAUCCUAGUAGGGACGAGUGAAGGCUAUGUGCAGGUGUUGGAGUUGCGAUGUAUGCCUCCACCUCCAGAAAACCAGGUGGAAAGUCUCAUGAACGUGAUCAAGAGUUCACUUGCCAGUCAACUUCAGAGCAACAAGUCUGUAUAAGGCCACAGGACCUCUUCAGCCCUACCAACAUUUAGCACAUGUCACAGGAAAAUGUCCUGUUGCUUGAGCACAAAUGUUUGAGAUUGACUAUAAAUUUUUCAGGAUAAGCCUACAAAAUGAUCAACUUACCAACCUGUCACAGGAAAACGUUGUUAUACUUGAACACAAAUGUUGCCUCAAUUUCCUUCUUUCUGUAUUAUGCCUUUAUUCAUUACCCUUGGUUUGCCUCACCAACAAAAUGUGUUUUCUGAGGGCGAAAGUUCUCCUCUAAAAAAAUGCUAGCCAUAUUCUGUUAUGCCACUUAUAAUGCUAGAAUCACCAGUGUUGGGAACCUAAAGAGAGCUCUUUCAAAAAGAUCUAUCCAAGAACACUUAAUGGUCAUAUUAGUACUGACUAAUCUUGGUGCAAUUUCUCUCCAACAAACUGUUCAACAGUCACGAUCAGUCCACGAGCGUUAAUCCCUUGAACCUAAGAGCAUACAAGACUCUUGUCUGGCAGUGACAUUCAUGCAGAACGGUUUAGGAAACCAUUGAGUGUUAUGGAGUACUUGAGACAAGUGUUCUUGGAUGACAUCGCAGAGCCUGUCAGUAUCACGGUUGCCACCGGGCACUAAUGGUGGUGUCGUGUGGCAGUGGGAGAGAGUGCUUUUUCUGGUACCACAAUCACCAGCCGAUUGAGGAAGUCGGAAUACUAUGCCAACAGUAAACAAUAGCAUCAGUAGGGUCAUUUGCAUCUAAUUUCUUUAAUUGCGCAGGGUUUCCCUUUCAUAGCAGAUUUGUUGGUAGAAAUACCACUGAUAUGGCUAACAUGCUACUGGUAGGCCAAACUCUGUAUGAGGAAUGGAAUCGUUUCAAUGGUUCCCUAUCUCCUCCACUGGUAAUUCUUUUAACAAUGCCGUCCAGUCAAUUUGAUAUUACAGUUUCUUGCAUCUUACGAUUUGAUGAAAUUAUUGCAUGUAAAUAUCCGUCCAUAAAAGGUCAUCUGUAAAUCUGCUGACAGAAUGAACAUUGUGAUACCUUUACCGUAAACAUCUACUUCAAAGCGAGUUUAAAUGUACAAAUGUAGUUAUUAUUUUUUAAUGAAAUAAAUUUGUUUUCUAUUUACUUCA